AUGAGCUUGAAAGAAGUAUUCGAACAACAUCCAUGGAGGUCAUUUAAGAAGUUCAAUGAAGCUGCAAAGAGUUGGGGAUUUACUAACAGAGCUGAAGUGAAAAGGUUCUUUGACAAAAAUGUUGUACAUCAAACAAAAAUAAACCCUUACGACUACUUUUUACCAAUUUACUCCAACACUCCUGACGCAUACCAAUUUGACACUCUCAUUCAAAGCAGAAAAGGAGGACAUAAACCAUUCCUCAUCUUCAUUAAUGUUAACACUCGUAAAGCAUAUGCAUAUCCAAUGA